CCAAUGCGUUAAAUCAGUCAGCCCCAAAGGGUCUUGGUAGCCCAGUGUUUAUAACAUCCUUCUUUACCUGCUAAUCGACCUCACUUCCUGGAUUUCAGUCCGUCUAGUUAUCAGCUAACAAAAGAACAGCUUUUGGUUCCUGCAGACGCUGGUGAAAAAAUAAUCACGAGAAAGAAAUCCACCUUAUGUCGUCUUUUUCUGUCUGCAAAAAUAAACUCAGCCAUCAUACAGCUAACAGGUACAGAAGGAAGAUACAAGCUCGUUCAUAGGAAGAAACUACAGAGAAAAUGAGCAUCAUUUCUCAAGGUUUUUAUUUUCCCUGAUCUACAAGUGAUGCUGCUGUAAUUCUAGCUGCAGUUUUUACCGAUCAUUCACCACUCAGCAGCUGGUAGAGAAGUAAGACUGCUUGGCAACCACCUGCAGGGCUGCAGAGAUGAAUUACAUUUUCGGAAACAACACACUUCUGUACUCUCGCGCCAGUCGAGGAGGCAAUACUAGCUCUAGCCAUGGCUCAGUAGGCCCAAAGCAGAAACACUGGGCAAAAAAGGGCUCGUCAGAUGAACUGCAGGCUGAGCCAGAGCCUUCACGCUGGCAGCAGAUAGUUGCAUUUUUCACUCGAAGACACAGCUUUAUUGACUGCAUCUCGGUAGCCACCAGCUCCACCCAGCCCACAGAAGCUGUUCCUCCCUCCUCUCCCACUGUCCCUGUGACCCCUGCCCUGCCCGUCCCUGCUGAGAGUACUGUCGUCCUGCCCAACGCACCACAGGCAAAUCCUCCUCCAGUGCUGGUCAACACAGACAGCUUGGAGACACCAACUUACGUUAAUGGUACUGAUGCAGAUUAUGAAUAUGAGGAAAUCACACUUGAAAGGGGAAAUUCAGGGCUUGGUUUCAGCAUUGCAGGAGGUACAGACAACCCACACAUUGGAGAUGACUCAAGUAUUUUCAUCACCAAAAUUAUCACAGGAGGAGCAGCUGCCCAGGAUGGAAGAUUGCGAGUAAAUGACUGUAUACUGAAAGUAAAUGAAGCAGAUGUUCGAGAUGUAACCCAUAGCAAAGCAGUCGAGGCACUGAAAGAAGCUGGAUCUAUUGUGCGAUUGUACGUGAAAAGGCGGAAGCCAGCAUCAGAGAAAAUCAUGGAAAUAAAACUCAUUAAAGGUCCUAAAGGUCUUGGGUUCAGCAUUGCUGGAGGUGUUGGAAAUCAGCAUAUUCCUGGUGAUAACAGCAUCUAUGUAACCAAAAUAAUUGAAGGAGGUGCAGCACACAAGGAUGGCAAGCUUCAGAUUGGAGAUAAGCUCCUAGCAGUGAAUAGUGUAUGUUUAGAAGAAGUUACUCAUGAAGAAGCAGUAACUGCCUUAAAGAAUACAUCUGAUUUUGUUUAUUUGAAAGUGGCAAAACCAACAAGUAUGUAUAUAAAUGAUGGCUAUGCACCACCUGACAUCACUAACUCUUCUUCUCAACCUGUUGAUAACCAUGUUAGCCAAUCUUCCUACUUGGGCCAGACACCAGCAUCACCCGCAAGAUACUCACCCAUUUCUAAACCAGUGCUUGGAGAUGAUGAGAUUACUAGGGAACCUAGAAAAGUUGUUCUUCAUCGUGGCUCAACAGGACUUGGUUUCAACAUUGUGGGAGGUGAGGAUGGAGAAGGAAUAUUUAUCUCCUUCAUCCUGGCUGGAGGACCCGCUGAUCUCAGUGGAGAGCUCAGAAAAGGAGAUCGUAUUAUAUCGGUGAACAGUGUUGACCUCAGAGCUGCAAGUCAUGAGCAAGCAGCAGCCGCAUUAAAAAAUGCAGGCCAAGCUGUCACUAUCGUUGCACAAUAUCGACCUGAAGAGUACAGCCGUUUUGAAGCUAAAAUACAUGACUUACGGGAGCAGCUGAUGAGCAGUAGCAUUAGUUCAGGGUCGGGUUCUCUUCGAACUAGCCAGAAGCGGUCCCUCUAUGUCAGAGCCCUUUUUGAUUACGACAAGACUAAAGAUAGCGGCCUUCCCAGUCAAGGAUUGAACUUCAAAUUUGGAGACAUUCUCCACGUUAUCAACGCGUCUGAUGAUGAGUGGUGGCAAGCCAGGCAGGUGGCGGCAGAUGGUGAAAGGGAUGAAGUCGGAGUGAUUCCUAGUAAACGCAGAGUGGAGAAGAAAGAACGAGCCCGGUUAAAGACAGUCAAGUUCAAUUCUAAAGCAAGAGGAGACAAAGGGGAGAUCCCUGACGACAUGGGAUCAAAAGGCCUGAAGCACGUGACUUCUAACGCCAGCGACAGUGAGAGCAGCUACCUAAUCUUGAUUACAGAUGAGUAUGGCUGCUCAAAAGGUGGUCAAGAAGAAUAUGUUUUAUCGUAUGAGCCAGUGAACCAACAAGAAGUUAAUUAUACUCGACCAGUCAUUAUAUUGGGACCCAUGAAAGACAGGGUAAAUGAUGAUUUAAUCUCAGAAUUUCCCGACAAAUUUGGAUCCUGCGUCCCUCAUACAACUAGACCAAAGCGUGACUAUGAGGUGGAUGGAAGAGAUUAUCAUUUUGUGACUUCAAGGGAACAGAUGGAAAAGGACAUCCAGGAACAUAAGUUCAUUGAAGCUGGCCAGUAUAACAACCAUCUGUAUGGAACAAGCGUUCAGUCUGUGCGAGCAGUAGCGGAGAAGGGCAAACAUUGUAUCCUUGAUGUGUCUGGAAAUGCCAUAAAGAGAUUGCAGAUUGCACAACUUUACCCAAUAUCUAUUUUUAUCAAACCCAAAUCCAUGGAAAAUAUCAUGGAAAUGAAUAAGCGCCUAACAGAAGAACAAGCCAGAAAAACAUUUGAGAGAGCCAUGAAAUUGGAACAGGAAUUCACUGAACAUUUCACAGCCAUUGUACAGGGAGACACGCUGGAGGACAUCUACAACCAGGUGAAGCAGGUCAUAGAAGAGCAGUCUGGUCCUUAUAUCUGGGUCCCAGCAAAAGAGAAAUUAUGAAGAUGGCUUUCCUGUUCCUUUCCCACGGUCUCGUUUCUCCCCCUGUCCUGGAGUCUCUCGAGUCUCCUCUCACACUGACUCAGACCCCUCACAGUUGGCACCUGUGCCCGUUAUUGACAUCCAGUGUCUCCUUCAUGUUGCAUCAUUGUAUUCUUCUGUGUUACUCUCGGUUUCCGGCCAUUCUUCAGACUGAAGAGGAAUAGCCGGACCAGCUAUCAAGGGGUUUGGGUAGAUGCAAAAUUGUAAAAUUCCUUAAUGUUUAAGGGAAAGUUAACUUUAAGAGAUUUUCAGAAAAGCUUUAUAUACAUUCUUUUCCAGUUUCGGUACAAACGAACGAAAGGUGGUUUUAAUCAGUGACUCAGUGGACCUUGAGCAACAGUGCACACUUAUUUAAUAGCACGGUUUGGCCGGUGUAAUAGCUCUCCAGUUCUUUCCUCAAUUGACUUCUGGUAUUAAAGUAAUUAUUUCACUAAAGACAAGAAAGGUAGGGGUUUUAUUUCACAAUGAAUGUCUGAGUUCACUCAUAAUUUCAGGAGGGCUAUUUGUUAUUCAUGAGAGGUCUUGAUCGUGUGAGCCCUCCCCUCGUCCACUUGCGAGGAAGAACAGUGGUGUGUGCUGUAGUCCGUGUGGGCAGCACUGGUUAGUGUUGUCCAUACACUUCUCAUUACAGCUCUGUUGAGGGGUUCGGGGGCUCACCUUUCCACAGACAGAACUGCGGACAGGAAAGUUAAUGUGGAGAUGUGGUGAUAAUCAUGUCAGUGGGAAGGGGUCCAGUUCAUAGCCUGAAAUUUUAAUGUAUGCUUAGGGAGGGGGGCAGAUUUUAAUGACUAUUUUACCCACAAUAACUGCCUAUUUUGUUAUAAUAAAAUAUAUAUAAAUAUAUAUAAAACUUUCGUUAACUAAACUCUGUAACUAUGGGAAUUAUUUUCUUUACAUAGUUGCACACACAAACAUAUAUAUAUAUUUAAAAUAUAUUUUUCUUUUGCCACCUACUUCUAACUUUUUGUUUGGUUUUUAAAUUAAGUAUUAAUUGAUGAGACUUAUCUUCCUUAAUCAUGUGAACUGAAAGCAAGUGUAUGGUGGUGGUGAGGAAAUCCUAGAAAACUAGACUGCAGGUAGCCGUGUGAGCGUGUUCUCCUCUUCCUACAGAAGCUCCCGGGGAGUCCUAGGUUUCCUGUCGGUGUUGUGUGCCUGUCGUGGAGUUUGAUUUGGGUCUCCGCCUUUCCUUUUAGCUCUCUCUCCUUAGUAGACGAACAAGCUCCGCUCUGGAGAUGUCCCAGACCUCACUCAUCUUGUGUGGCUGCGCUGUACUAGAACUGCACAGGUCUUCACAGCAAACUUGUUCAAUUGUAGUGAGAGGCCGAAGGCCUUCAGAAAUCGGUCUCUCUAGUCCAUCAUUAUCAUCAUUUGGCUUCCCAUUGCUCUUUGGAAUUGUUUAUUCAAUAUGUGGUUUUUUGGCAACCUUGUUAAAAUUUCUUAAAUGAGUACUGGUUUGUAAAAAAAUUACCAACAUUAUCCAUUCCAUUUAUGAGAAAGAGGAGAACAGCUAAUAAACUUUAUUGUAAAAUCCA